AUUAAAAUGAAAUUCCUCAUUGUAUUGGCUCUCUGCGUCGCCGCAGCUACGGCUCGCUUCGAACUCCCCGACGUCGUUGCCGCUGAAGCAGCUGAAAUCCAGCAAAUCCUAGACUUAAUCCAACACCCCAACACCGACCCCGCUACUGCUGCCGCACUCCAGGCCCUACUCGAUGAGAUUCUCGCUCCUGCUAAGCCCGUCGAAGAGGGCAUUUCUGUCGGCCCUGUCAUCAUUGAUAACGAAGACUUACACGAAGUCGACGUAUCACCUGUUAUCGUCGACCCCGUCGCCCCCGAUGCCCCCGCCGCCCCCGCCGCCAGCUCUCCUCUCGUCAGUAUCAUCAUUAACGUGAACUCUGACUCUUCUAACGCCGUGUCUAUCGAAGAUAGCCCCGUGGUUCCGCGUCCCGAACCCGUCGAAGAAGAUGUCGACACCUCUCCCGUUAUUGUCGUAGACGAACCUGAAGCACCUGUUGAACCCGUCAUUGUUGCGCCCAUCGUGGUCCCUGAUGUACCCGUCGACCCCGUCAUUGUUGAGCCCAUCGUGAUCCCUGAUCCCGUUGUAGUCCUGCCUGACACUCUCAACUAAGAAAAUAUAUUCGUAUCUGUGACAAAUGUGAAUAAAUAAUUAUGCCUAAAA